AAGUGCCUCUCGGAGGAGGGAUUUCUGGGUUGUUUUGGAUUCGGCUGUCGCACAUGGAGGCAAGAGGGGGCCUCAUUUCAAGCGACUUCGGACACUCUCUUUACUUUUCCGAGAACGCAGCAACCUCCGAGUUGAAGACAUGUCAGCGGCAGGUCAGACGAGCGGGAGCCGGGAUAUACCGGCCGUGAGGCGGGUCGCCGUCCUGGAGGCUGCCCACAUGCCCCAGGAGUACUCCACGACCCCCGGAGGGACGGUGUUCAGCACCACGCCUGGAGGGACUCGAAUCAUCUAUGACAGGAAGUUCCUGCUUCAGUGUCGCACCUCUCCUCUGGCUCGCACGCCUCCGAAGCUCCCUGACAUCCCGGGAGUCACCAGGCCACUCAAACGGGAGUCCUCCACCGAGUCCAACCAGCCGGGAGGGAGUGAGAGCGCUCAACAUGAGCACGGCCAACACGCAGAGGGUGCAGGAGAAGAUGCCCAGUUUGACAUGGACAUUUGAAGAGGAUUACAACAACUUCCAGCAUCUUCAUGGUAGUUGUGUCGUUAGGGUAGAUGUUUAAAGUUCAAUUCAAACAAUUAGGCUGUGGUAUAUAAUGUUCCUUAAAGGGAAAUUGUAUUUAAAUGGAAUUAUUAAUGGGCCUCAAAUAGUUCCAUGAGCUCAUUGGAUAAAUUACGGCAUUUUGGUGGUUGGUAAAAUCUGUUUUAACUUAAUAUUUUUUUGUGAUUUAACAGCAUUUAAAAUGUUCAGGCAAAAUAUUGUUUUAUGGCAUGUUGUGUGUGAUGAUUGUUAUGGGUCAUGUUCAUAUAAUUUGAUAAAUAACGGUAAAGACACUUACAAAUUGAAUUUUUUGUUGUUGUUGUUUUUGUUUGUUUUUGCUGCCUUGGGUUUUGUGUUUUUGUCUCCGACGACAGAAGCAACGCUUGGUAUUAAAAGUGAAAAAUAUUACUUAUAAACAUUUUUGCCUUAUAAACCAUUACCUUUGCAGCAUUAACAACUGCCUAGAAUUCAAAUACUCAUAUCAGCUAAAUUGAUUGAUUUUAAAAAUGAAAUUCUGUGGGCGAUGUAUUUUUUCUCAUUAAAUAUGAAAAUGAUCCAUAUACAUAUUAUACUGUUACCUCACUGCAUUUUUUGUAUUGUUUAGAAUGAUAAAAUUAGCUGUGUGUUUUUUUGUUUAUUAUACAGCAGUAUACACUGGUAGAAGUUUAUACAGUUGUAAGAAAAGGUAUUUGAACCCUUUGGAAUUAUUUGAAUUUCUCCAUAAAUUUGUUACAAAAUGUAAUUUUUUUCUAAGCCACAACUACAGACAAACAAAUGCCGCAUGAACGAUUAUAUGUUUUUUUUAAGGCACCAAAGUGAUUUAGUAGUUAGCCUUUCUGCCUCGUAGUUGAAAACUAAAUUGUCCAUAUUUGUGAAUGUGAAUUGUUAAUAAUUGUUUGCCUAUUCGGCCAAAGUUACCUUGGCUAGGCUCUGAAAAUCUAAUGAGAAUAGCAUAGAGCUGAUCAGAGUCAAUCAAUACGCUCGAGUCAAUCAAUGUGACGAGAUUGAAGGUGUUGAUUAAAGCUACCCUCCCAUGUAAAAAAAACAAAAAAAAAACACCAGUUUCAA